GCGGGCUGCUGGGGGCUUGAUUAGGUAGAAGGCGGCGAAGCGCCGGCGGCGGCCGGAAGUAGCCGAAGCCAGCGGCGGAAGUAGCCGAAGCGGCCAGAGCGGGCGGGCGGCAAGGCGAGGCGAGAGCUGCACAGGGCCCUACGCGGCCGCCUAAGCAUGUCGGACUUCGACGAGUUCGAGCGGCAGCUCAACGAGAAUAAACAAGAGCGGGACAAGGAGAAUCGGCACAGGAAGCGCAGCCACAGCCGCUCUCGAAGCCGGGACCGCAAACGCCGGAGCCGGAGCCGGGACCGGCGCAACCGGGACCAGCGGAGUGCCUCCCGGGACAGGCGGCGACGAAGCAAACCUUUGACCAGAGGCGCUAAAGAGGAGCACGGUGGAUUGAUUCGUUCCCCUCGCCAUGAGAAGAAGAAGAAAGUCCGUAAAUAUUGGGACGUGCCACCCCCUGGCUUUGAGCACAUCACCCCAAUGCAGUACAAGGCCAUGCAAGCUGCGGGUCAGAUUCCAGCCACUGCCCUUCUCCCCACCAUGACCCCUGAUGGUCUGGCUGUGACCCCAACGCCGGUGCCUGUGGUCGGGAGCCAGAUGACCAGACAGGCCCGUCGCCUCUACGUGGGCAAUAUCCCCUUUGGCAUCACUGAGGAGGCCAUGAUGGAUUUCUUCAACGCCCAGAUGCGCCUGGGGGGACUGACCCAGGCCCCUGGCAACCCGGUCUUGGCCGUGCAGAUUAACCAAGACAAGAAUUUUGCCUUUUUGGAGUUCCGCUCAGUGGACGAGACUACCCAGGCCAUGGCUUUCGAUGGCAUCAUCUUCCAGGGCCAGUCACUGAAGAUCCGCAGGCCUCAUGACUACCAGCCGCUGCCUGGCAUGUCGGAGAACCCCUCUGUCUAUGUGCCUGGAGUUGUGUCCACUGUGGUCCCUGACUCUGCGCACAAGCUGUUCAUCGGGGGCUUACCCAACUACCUGAAUGAUGACCAGGUGAAAGAGCUGCUGACAUCGUUUGGGCCUCUCAAGGCCUUCAACCUGGUCAAGGACAGUGCCACGGGGCUCUCCAAGGGCUACGCCUUCUGUGAGUACGUGGACAUCAACGUCACAGAUCAGGCCAUCGCGGGGCUGAAUGGGAUGCAGCUGGGGGAUAAGAAGCUGCUUGUCCAGAGGGCGAGUGUGGGAGCCAAGAAUGCCACGCUGGUGAGCCCCCCGAGCACCAUCAAUCAGACGCCUGUGACCCUGCAAGUGCCAGGCCUGAUGAGUUCCCAGGUGCAGAUGGGCGGCCACCCGACUGAGGUCCUGUGCCUCAUGAACAUGGUGCUGCCCGAGGAGCUGUUGGAUGACGAGGAGUAUGAGGAGAUUGUGGAGGACGUGCGAGAUGAGUGCAGCAAGUACGGGCUGGUCAAGUCCAUUGAGAUCCCCCGGCCCGUGGAUGGCGUCGAGGUGCCCGGAUGCGGAAAGAUCUUUGUGGAAUUCACCUCUGUGUUUGACUGCCAGAAAGCCAUGCAGGGCCUGACGGGCCGCAAGUUCGCCAACAGAGUGGUUGUCACAAAAUACUGUGACCCCGACUCUUACCACCGCCGGGACUUCUGGUAGAGGCGGGUGGGGGAGGGUGGGGGCAGGGCUGGCUGGGGGCUCUCCCCCCCUCCUGCCCCCCCCUUUUCCCCCUCUGAAGAUGAUGGGCAGAGGAGUGACAGCCGAAUGACAGCCGGCAGCAACUGGAAUGGCAGCAAUUAAGGGUG